UGUGUGUUACAUCAUUGGAUAGAACUCCAACGGACUGGACAUCGCGAGAAUGAAACAAUAUUAAUUCCUUCACACAAUAUUUGUGGCAACUGUCGCUGAUUCUGACGCUACUUAUGCAACGUUCACCAGGACAGGUAGUAUUGGACCAUGGGCACCAUCACCCUCAACACGAGCUCUGCUGAACAGGUAUAGCGACGAGGUGGUUGUCUGUAAGAGUCUGACACUCUCUCUCGCCUCACCCAAGGCUGGAGAAGUCAUUGGAUGAUUUUCUUCCUCUAGAAAAGGUAUAUCGGGUCCGAAAUAAGUUGUUAUACUGAAUUAAAUACCAGCAACCUCUAACACACUUGUGAGACACAGUUGUCAGUAAGAGUCUGACUGUUCCUUUAUCUUCAACGGCACUUGAUGACACAAAACCCGGUAUUGGUUAGAAGCACAGCAACACUGCCAAAAUGUAUAGGAAACGAGAAGGAACGUCCGGCAUUAAAGGCCAGCUUUACGAAACAAAAUUAAUCAGCCUGAUUAACUUCAGAGCAAAGUUCGACAACAGCCUCAAAGAUUUCUAUCUAGCGACCAACAUGGCAGACAUAGGCACAUUUGACGAUAUAUGCUUCAGAGCUAAAGCGAAAAUUGGGAAAAAUAAUAAACAAAUCGCCAUUUUCAUUCAAGCGAAACACAGAGAAGCAGACAAAACUGUUUUGACGCUAAACAGCGCAAACGACUUAUCUAAAUGGUUUGCCAGCUACCUCACCAUCAAACGUUCCUUCAAACAAGACACCAAAGACGUCUUCUUUAAGGGAAAAUUUCAAGACAUUGACUCUUAUUUCAUUAUGUAUACAACAGCUAAAGAUGAUCGCGAUAAUGUACGAUUUGACACAGAAGUGGCUCAUAAACUCAACAGUUUAAUAGCUACAGGGAACGAUGCCGUCCAGCCGAAUCACAAAGAAACACAUGUGGAAUUCCUAUGUGACAUAGUCAUGAAGGAACAGCUAGUCGAGCUGGCUACUGUAUUUGCAGAAUUUGUAAAUAAAGACGACAAUACUGUGUUGUCAAUGAACAACGAUCUGAUACUCAUUUACCACGUGAUUCUGGCGAAAAAGUUCUUCCUUAUAAGCGAGAUUCGGAAUAAAAACGAAGACAGUGAACACAGAAUCGCUCGUUUUCGUAGUGAGUUUUACACAAGCGAUGAUGAAUUUAUGAAAUUAUUCAGAGACACGCUUUACAAAGAAAUUCUAAAGAAAAGAGCACUUGAUGAUGUCACUAGGAAUGAACUGCUAGCAAAGCUACUUGAGGAACCUUUAGAUGUUCAAAUAUUGGCAAAACUUAUACACAGCGUUGUGACACUAAACAAAGAUACUGGAAAACUGGAAUUUGUCAACAAAUCUGUGGGUGAAGAUUUAAGACAUAGAUUGGAAAAGGUAAAAGUCCUCCGGGCGAAUGUACAUGAGGCCAUUUCCAUAGCCGCGGAAGAAAUACUGAGAUCAAAGGAAAUUAAAGUUCCAGUGCCAUUCGGCAACAAAGAUCUCACAGUGAGAGGGAGUGAAGAUACUAAUGACGAUUUCACAGCAGACAGCAUACUUGUGAAAGUCAAAAACAAAAUGGUGGAAAUGUUAUUGCAAUCCGCACCGGGAAAUAUAGUCACGAUAGACAAAAAUGUGGAAAAAGAAUUUUCGAAAAUCAACAUCGAUUUAGCUAGUAUUGUGGGGAAUAUUUUAAUAGCAGACCAAAAUAGUGAAUACAUGCAAUUCUCAGACAAUACCGACACACUAGGUGACAUUGCGAAACAGUUGUUUUCCGAACUACAAUCCGCAAUACCAAAUUUACAAGAUUUUAAAUUUAAUGUAGAUGUUGAAACGUUUCCAGUGCUUUCUUUUGAGAAGAUAGAUUUAAUAGAAGAUGAUAUUUCAGCUCUCGCGACAACUAUUGGUACGUUUCUGAAUAAAAACACUGAUUCUGUGAUGCCAACGACAGAUAAUAUCCUACGACGAUACCACGUGGCUCUCACACAUAAAGUAUUGGACAUUUCUGAGAUUAUGGGUGAAGACGACGAUGCGUACAGACUGGCGACAUUCCAACAAGACUUCUUUGAGUCGGAAGAAGAUCCGCUCGUGUUAUUUAAACGACAUUUAUAUGCGGAAGUACUGAGAGGAAGGAAUUUACAUGAAAAUGAACUUGAAGGGUCGUUGGAACAGCCUCAAUCGGUAGUAGACGAGGCUGCAAAGAAACUAUUAAUGAACCGAGAGUUUAAAGUCUCAACCGCUUUCGGAAACAAAGACAUCAAACUUAAGAAAAGUAAAGCAGAAAAAAGAUUAGACCAUUUGAAAAUGAAACUGUGUGAACUGAUGAGUAAAUCAAGUGACGAUAAAGUUGUUACUAUUGAAAAGUCUCUGGGAGAAGGUUUUCUAAAGCUCACUGGAGGCAUCGCAGGCAUCGUCGGGAAUAUUUUGGUUCUAGACGAAGAUACGCACCUUUUAAAUUCACCGACAAUUGGGAAUCGCUAGAAGACACUUCCAAAAGGCUGUUCACAAAACUGAAGAGGAAGACUCCCAAUUUACAUGAAUAUAAAUUCAACGUAAUCGUCGAAAGAUUCCCGAAGCUCUCGUUCAAAAGAAGUGGAGACGAUGAAAAGGUGGCGAAAGAUUUCUUGAACAGACUUCUGUUUUACACAAACCAAGCUGACGAGAGAGGCGUCGAGAAACGUUUAAAAGACGAAAUUGAAGAUCACCAAUGUUUAAACGUCGACAGUAUCAAAGUGACAGCCGACGCCAUUUUCUUACAAUACCACGAUCAAAUACAACAAUGGUGGAUGUUGAAGGAGGCCGAGUAUCUCACGAAAAAGAGUUCGCAUUACGAAGACGCCUUGAAGUUGAUCGUCGACAAACCCCUUUUGUCAGUGUUUAGUAAAAUGUACGCGAUGAAAAUGGGGAACAUUUUUGAUAUAACUUUCAAUGAGCACGCGGUGAAAUCAUUGAAUCUAACAGAGAAAUCAACAAACGUCAUUUUCGUAACGGAAAAUAUUUCUUUGACAGUAGUAAAACUGAUGCAGUCUUUGAACAAAUUCAAACACACUGUCAUGGAUUUAGAAGAUCUACUUCAAACGAAAGACUACUCUACACUUGUUGCAGAACUAACAAAAAUAGAACAAAACAAAAUUAUAAUACUAGCGUGCGACAACAUACAAAGAAGCUCAAAUAAAAGAUUAGAAAAUAUUUCAAAUAUUUUGAAUGAAAAACGGAUAAUUAUCGUCACAAAUACAGCUGUGCUAGACACGGUCCAGAUAUAUUUUAAAGAUAUAAAAGAAAUAAGAGACGACAGAUGUAGUCUUGCAGACAUGAGUGAGAAGUCACAGAAAACUGUUUUACAAGCAAAAGUAAAUUUUCAAGAUGUCGAAGUGACAUUAGACACAAUCGUUGACGAGGAAUCGAUGCAAACCGUCGAAGGAGUUGUUUUAAACGACUUUAUUAAUAACGAAACAAGAUGUUUUAGUAACUCGGUUACAAAUGUAAAUUAUGAGAAAGUUAAACAUCUUUACGUGGACAGAAGAGUGUGUAUAGUGUGUAAGGCUACAGAGGCCAGGUAUAUUAUUCCUAAACAAAUAGUACUUUCCGAUCUAAAUGGCUUGUCGAAGGUAGUCCUGUUGACUGCAAAGCCAGGCAUGGGAAAAUCAACUUUAUUGACCCACUUGUCUAUUAAAACUAAAGAGUCAAACCCAGCAACUUGGAUAGCGAGAGUCAACUUGCUGGAUCAUUGUGAAAAAUUCAAUAAAUGGCAAGAAAACAAAGUGAGAAUUGAUAUUUUAGAAACUUUGAAGUUUUUGUGUCCAAUUAUUGUCGGAGGGAAUGGAAAGAGCGACUUGGAGUUCGAUUUAGAGGAAUCGGAAGGUGAAGUACAACUAAAAUCGUGUCGUAUAGACAAUCCCUGGACAGUGUUUGAAAUAAAAAUGUUCCUAGACUACUUCAAUAGGAAGGAACUUAUCUUUUUAUUCGAUGGUUUCGAUGAGAUAUGUCCGCUCUAUACAGAAGUGGUAAUGUCCUUAUUAAAAGUUGUGCGGAAUUACACAAAUAGACAUGUAAUGUGGAUCACGAGUAGGUUUUACGAGAAGGUGAUGUCAAGAUUGGAACAAGAGUUUGGUCUACCGUAUGAAGUCAAGGGAUUCAACGAUGCCGAACUUGACGGAUAUUUGUGGAAAUAUUGGCAAUCAACAAUUAUAUUGAGGACUUUGAACAAACGUCAGUGCAAUAACUUGUGUAGCUUCAUGGAGUUUAUGUCCCUAUAUUACUAUAAUUCGGAUAGGCCAAGAUCGACCACCGCUGUGAUUAAAAAAAAGGAAAAAUAUCAAAUUUUAUUUCUGACAGUUUGUUUCAAUUUUUUACACUAUCUGAGGAAGGAGCUCAACAUCUGCCCUGACGAUGUGAUGCAAACGUUUAACCUGUUUUUCCACGACUGCACACAUUCUUUCCGAUUUGUGGAUCGCUUCGAUACCCCGUUACACCUUUACCUAUGCGCCAAUUAUUUCCAAAACCAAGUAAAUGAUGAAAGGAUAACACCAAACAGAUGGAACUUAGACAUAAACGCUUUCACAGUUUACGACAACUUUAUUGAAACAAAACUCAAAACUAUAA